ACUCGAGCAGAUUCACAAAACCUUCCCAGACAAAACCUCCCUGGACCAGGAAUGGCUGGCAGGACCUUCCAGGAGAGCCUCCUUGGCUGUAACCACUGAGCCCGCUGGCUCCUCCUUGGGGAACACAACAGCCUCUUCUGAACCUCCGUUUGUGGCAUCUGCUAACGGCGAAGCUGUGGCUGAGGAUGAUGGCCUUUCUGCCCUGGGGAGCAGCCCCAGUAUCCUGAGGCCUGGCCUAACUGGGAAUACUGGAAACCAGCAUCCAAAACCAUCUCUGGGGUUCCAAGCAGGAGAAAGAGCAUCCAAGUCACCAGUGGAUCCUCUGAAGACCCCUGGAGAGAUCUCUGCCAGUCCCUCUCAAGGUGAAGCUGAGUGUUUCUCUGUUUGUAUCAGGAAAGUCCCUGGCAUUUCCAUCUUUAAGGAUUCUUAUAGUUUUUCAUGCACCCUACGAUUAAUUUUCAACAUUCAACUGGUCAACAAGAAUCGCCAGCUGCUACACAACCUCACACUGGGCUACAACAUCUAUGACAACUAUCUGAGCCCUUUCCGCACUUCACAUGCCUUGCUGGACCUUCUGUCUACUGGAGAAGCCAAUGUCCCCAACUACGGCUGUGGGAGGAAGGAGAACCUUCUGGCUCUUUUUGAUGCAGCUCAGAGGGAAAUCUCCAGCCAGAUGUCAACAUUAGCAGACACCUACAAAGUCCCCCAGAUCAGUGAUAACAUUGUUUCAGAGGCUCUGAGUGAUAAAAGUAAAUUCCCCUUUUUCCACCAAAUGCUUCCCAGAGAAGGAUUCCACUACCCAGCAAUUGUCCAGCUGCUCCUCCAUUUCAGAUGGACCCUGAUUGGCCUCUUUGCUUCAGACACAGAGAAGGGAGAGAAUUUCAUGAAGAUUUUUACUCUUAUGCUUGUCAGGAGUGGAAUUUGUGCUGUUAUAUCACAACGAUUGUCAACAACUGGAUACACAGCAGCAUCCCUCAGGGAGGCCCUCUCUAAGUGGAGACAAGUCAACGUCUUUGUUCACUUCAUAGAAUAUGAGUCCGUUAGGGACAGAGCUCUUCCUUUCCACGAAACACUUAUGCAUUUGCCAGGACCCAUCGAAGAGAAAGUCUGGAUCGUGACAGUUUUGGGAACAUCUGCAUUGAAAAAGCACAGAGUUUACAAAUACAUCCAUAGUAUUUGGAGCUUUGCUUUUCUGGGAAAAGAAAGGCCAAAGGAUGCUGGCUUUGAACCUUAUUUCUUUGUGGAACAUCAGUUUGAAGAUCAUUAUUUCCACUGUUCUCUUUCAAAGCAUGUCUUUUCUGUCAAAGGCCGCAGAAGAUGUACCCAGGAAGCCCCACUGGAUACCCAGUGGAAAUGGGACAGAAGACGGAUCACAAAUUUUCACCUUUUCUACAGUUUCAUUCAGACUCUGGCCCAGGCCUUGAAUGCUGCCUAUUCCUCCAGAUCGAGGAGGGGAAAGGAAGGAGGGCGAAGGGAGGUUGGGGGCUCCAAGGCUGCAGCCGUGGCAGUUCCAUCCUUUCCUGCAGAAGAAUGAGUAUUGCAAUAUUUCUGAUAGGAAACUCUACUUGGAUCAAAAUGGAGAUGUAGCAGCAGAUCUGGCAAUCAUGAGCUUGUUGAUUGUCCCCAAGGAGGAUCCUAUCGAACAGCAAAUGGGGGCUUGGAAAAGACAGAGACUUACUAUCCACCAAGGAGCUCUUUCACGGCUAAAGUUGCUCAACAAGUCCCUGCCUCAGUCCAGAUGUGUGGAAAGUUGCCAUCCUGGAUUUGUCAAGAGGGCUCGAGAAGGAGAGCCAGUUUGCUGCUAUGACUGCAUUCCUUGUCCAGAGGGGACCUUCUCCACUCAGGAAGGUCGGUCACACUGAGGGAAAUGGGAGGCUUUGUGGAACUGGAUUUCUCCACAGCAUUUUGAUGAAAGUACAAAUUAAA